AUGCCUUCAACAAAGUCCAUCGCCGUCGUCGCAACCCUCGCAGCAAGCGUAACCGCAUCCAACUGCAAACCAACCCCCACCACCACAACGACCUCAGCUCCCACAACAACAUCAUCAUGUCCCGCCUACACGCUCAUAUCAGAACCACCCUCCGACAUAAACUGCAACGUCCGCGGCGAUCCCAAAGAAGGACAAAGCCAAGUUUUUGAGAGUCUGUACCUGGAUGAUUGCGCGCAGAAGUGUAAAGAGUUUGAUCUUUUUAACUGUGAGCUUAUUAGCUUUGAGGAGCCGGCUUCGGCGGAGGUGCAGGGAAGUU